AGCUGAGCUGAGAUUCGCCCUUUUUACCUAUAUGGCAAGACUGGCGGCAUCACAUCUGGGCAGCAGCAAGCGCCACUGCCUCCGGUAUUGGCCGGGAAGGUAUUACCGACCAAGUCAAGGUCAAGUAUGCACACAGUAGGCGGCGAGAAUGUUUUAGGAUGCGCGGAAGUUCAGAAAUCUGACAACGCCGAAUUCGCAAGUUCCAGAAUCGCCGGGCAAAGAAGCAGAUGAGGAAGAUUGCCGAGUUUGAGGCGCAGCAGGCUAGAGAGCGAGCCGCUUCCGAGUCCAAGUCAUCUGAAGGGCACGAUCAGGCCGUGGAAAGCGAACUCUUUGAGCUGGAUAACCAACACCAAACCUCAAGUCUAUCUAGUGGGACAUUUGGAGAAGACGACGACGAGGUUAGGGCCGAAAGCGACAGUUCCGCGUCUUCUAUUCCCGGACCUGCUGAGCAGGACGCCGCCAAGUUCGGCGAGACUCUGGAGCCUGAUGCGGAUUGCUCUAUUCAAGUAAAACGCGAGGCAUUGCACUCGCCGGCUCACUAUAUAUAGGAGAUGAUAGAGCUUGCCCCGCCGGCCACCAUCACCGGACAGUUUGGCCAACCCAAGACGAA